UAGGAAUUGUCUUCGUCAAAACAAUUAAAUGAUCCGUUGACUUGAGAAAGUUUAAACUUGAAAUCAGAGCCGGCAACGGAAUCCUCACAGAUGGACUCAAACGAGUCAUCGCCACCGUCUGUCAGCCGAGACUGGUUCUUCCCCUCCCCCUCCCCCUCCUUCACCCAACCCUCCUCCUCCUCUCAUCGUCAUCAUCUUCACACACCUCCUUCCCGAAGGUUCUCUACCUAUCCUAAACCUUCUAAUCCCUCUGCUGCCGGCCCUGCCUUGCGUACCACAUCAUCGUCUUCCGCCGCUUCCUCUCAUCGUGAUCUCAAGUAUGCAGGAUUCUCACGCCGUACUAAUUUCUCUCGACGGUACCAAAGAUCUAUCACGCCUGAAGUCGAUGCUCCGUCAGUUGUACCUCAAAUUCCCCAGAAAUGUGAUGUUUCCAACGACAAAACUUCUACUCCGGAUAAGUUCAUUGACUUGGUUGGUGGUCGGUUGAAACUCCGGUGGCAGAUGGCAUUUUUAGUGGCUCUUCUGAUAACCACCUUUUCUUCUUUGCUGCACAAGAAUUUUUCGUUGCAUAAUCAGUCCAAUGAUCUUCAGGCCCAGAUUAUGAAACUCAAUGGGAGAUUACAACUCUGCAACUUACUAGAACCAAUUGAUAUUGAUGAUCUAGACUCACAAGACAGCAUUGAUCUUCCCAACAAGAGAUUGAAAAACAUGGCAUUGGCUAUCUCAGUUACACUUCUUUCUAUACCUUUUCUAUUUCUCAAGUAUGUGGAGUACAUCUCUAAAUCAAGAUCACCCGACAAUCUAAAGGAAGAGGCAUCUUUAAACAAGCAGCUAGCUUAUAAGGUUGAUGUGUUCUUGUCAGUGCGCCCUUAUUCAAAACCAUUGGCAUUGCUGGUUGCAACUCUUCUACUAAUAGGUGUUGGUGGAUUAGCACUUUUUGGCGUUACUGAUGAUUGCUUAGCAGAUUGCCUUUGGUUAUCAUGGACAUAUGUUGCUGAUUCUGGAAACCAUGCCAACUCUGAGGGACUUGGUCCAAGGUUAGUUUCAGUCUCCAUAAGCUUUGGUGGGAUGCUUAUAUUUGCAAUGAUGCUUGGGCUCGUUACUGAUGCAAUAUCCGAGAAGUUUGAUUCUCUGAGAAAAGGAAGAAGUGAAGUUGUUAAGAAAGAUCACACACUAAUUCUUGGUUGGAGUGAUAAAUUAGGAUCAUUAUUGAAUCAACUUGCUAUAGCAAAUGAGAGUUUGGGUGGUGGGAUUGUUGUAGUAAUGGCUGAGAGAGACAAAGAAGAGAUGGAAUCAGACAUUGCAAAGAUGGAAUUUGACUUUAGAGAAACAUCUGUCAUAUGCAGAAGUGGAAGCCCUCUAAUCUUAGCUGACCUAAAGAAGGUAUCUGUGUCCAAAGCACGUGCAAUUAUCGUACUUGCUGAAGAUGGAAAUGCUGACCAGAGUGAUGCACGAGCAUUGAGAACAGUGUUAAGCCUAACAGGAGUGAAAGAAGGGCUUCAAGGACACAUAGUGGUGGAGCUUGGAGAUCUUGACAAUGAGGUUCUUGUUAAGCUUGUUGGAGGGGAUCUUGUUGAAACCGUUGUAGCACAUGAUGUAAUUGGUCGUUUAAUGAUUCAAUGUGCUCGCCAGCCUGGCCUUGCUCAGGUGUGGGAAGAUAUUCUUGGGUUUGAAAACUGUGAGUUUUAUAUAAAAAGAUGGCCUGAAUUAGAUGGGAUGCAGUUUGAAGAUGUUUUGAUUAGCUUUCCACAUGCCAUUCCAUGUGGAAUAAAGUCAGUUUCAUGUGGAGGAAAGAUCAUACUUAAUCCUGAUGAAUCUUAUGUUCUUCAAGAAGGUGAUGAAGUUCUUGUUAUAGCAGAAGAUGAUGAUACAUAUGCUCCAGUAGCAUUACCCAAUGUGAAAGAAGCACCAUUCAUACACAUAACUCGACCAACAAGAAAGCCUCAGAAGAUUCUUCUUUGUGGAUGGAGGAGAGACAUUGAUGAUAUGAUUGUGGUGCUGGAUGCUUUUUUAGCACCAGGUUCAGAGUUAUGGAUGUUUAAUGAAGUUUUUGAAGGUGUGAGGGAAAAAAAGCUUAUUGAUGGUGGUUUAGACAUUGAAAGAUUGAUGAAUAUAACACUUGUUCAUCGUGAAGGGAAUGCUGUCAUACGUCGCCACCUGGAAAGCCUUCCUUUAGAAUCUUUUGACUCGAUCUUGAUUCUGGCUGAUGAAUCAGUAGAAGAUUCAGCAAUACAAGCUGAUUCAAGGUCUCUUGCUACACUGCUAUUAAUACGUGAUAUCCAGGCAAAGCGUCUACCCUAUAGAGAAGCGAAGGCUUCUUCUCAUGGUAGAAAAGGUAGUUUUUCACAAGGUUCAUGGAUAGGGGAAAUGCAACAAGCUUCAGAUAAAUCGGUUAUAAUUAGUGAAAUCCUUGAUCCAAGGACUAAAAAUUUAUUAUCAAUGUCAAGGAUUAGUGAUUAUGUUCUAUCAAAUGAGCUUGUUAGUAUGGCUUUAGCAAUGGUUGCUGAAGAUCGCCAAAUAAAUGAUGUCCUUGAAGAACUUUUUGCUGAAGAGGGGAAUGAGAUGCACAUAAGGCAAGCGGAUCUAUACAUUAAGGAAGGAGAAGAACUAAGUUUUUAUGAAAUACUUUUGCGUGCAAGACAAAGGAGAGAAAUAGUGAUCGGGUAUCGUUUAGGGAAUGUAGAGAAAGCUGUGAUUAAUCCUCCGGGAAAAAUGGAGAAGAGGAAGUGGUCGUUGAAAGAUGUUUUUAUUGUAAUAGCUGAAAAAGAAUGACAUAAUUUGUUAAUGUACAUAUUUACAUACAUAGAAGAAAUAUAUAUAUAUAAAAAGUUAUCCUUUUUGAUAAGAA